GUUGCUAGGCGACGGGCUUGUGUGACCCCAGCCUCGCGAGGGCGCCUCGGUGUCAUCGUUACUCGCCCGCGGAAGCCGCCGAGGGCGCGUCUGCUUUGGGGACCCCCGAGAGGUCAAGUGUGAGAGCCGCCUGAGACUUCGGAAUCCCGGGGGUGGGGCUUGGAGGGGGUCCCCGACUGGAAACGGGAGGAUCAAGAGGGGACCGUUCUGCAGUUCUGGGGUGGGGGCAGGAAGCGGCGAGAGGCUCCUGGGUGGGGAAGGUUGAGCCAAACGAGCCCCCGUACUUGUUCCCAGGACGGGAGAUCUGGCCUCCUAACUUGCAGAUUGGGGAAGCAAAUCAGAGGCCGUCGGCCGUGAUUAUUAUUAUUAUUAUUAUUAUUUGCCACAUUUUUUCGGGGGGCCACACCCGGCGAUGCUCAGGGGUUACUCCUGGCUCUGCACUCAACGAAUUACUCGACUAUAUGGGAUGCCGGGGAUCGAACCUGGGUCAACCGCAUGCAAGGCAGAUGCCCUCCCCGCUGUACUGUUGCUCCAGCCCCGUUGUUUUGUUUUGUUUUUUUAAAUCCCUGUCGAGAAAAAUAAAGAAUAAGGAAGAUCGCCAGGGAGAAAAGCCCCAGGGACAAUAAUGCCAGAUGACAACAGCAACACGACGAGAAGUUCUUGGCCUCUACCGCAGAAUAUUCAGGCUUGCGAGGCAAUGGCAGGCAGCAUCAGGGCAGAUGGAAGACACCAUUAAAGAACAACAGUACAUACUAAAUGAAGCCAGAACGCUGUUCGGGAAAAACAGAGACCUCACAGAUCCAGACUUGAUUAAGCAAUGUAUAGAUGAAUGCACGGCCAGAAUUGAAAUUGCACUGCAUUACCAAAUACCUUAUCCAAGACCAAUUCAUCUACCUCCAAUGGGUCUUACCCCACUCCACGGUCGACGACUUCAAAGACAGGAAAAACUGAGGAAACUUUCCAAACCAGUGUAUCUCAAGUCUCAUGAUGAAGUUUCCUAACCCAGGAGAAAGUUUAUUUCCAAGAAAGAUGAGCCAAUUAAGUCUUGAAUGUAAACCAGAUGACAAAACCCUUCUAGAUUUGGGUCAAAAUUCAAAUAUGUUCUUGAAAUCUCCAAAAAUAUUGCUAUUUCCCCUCAUGUAUGCUCAUAAUCUCUCUCUAUUUUCUAUCUCUUGGCUCUGAGUGGCUGAAACCAACCCUCAAGGUCCUGGGCUCAAGAAUCAUCCUUGCUCAGGAAUCACUGGGGAACAGGACAGGCCUACGGGAGGAAGAUUUCCGAGGACUUUUUCUUGGGCAUCCCAUCUGCCAGACAUGCCACUAAGAUGAAGAAAUUUUUUGCUGGAAGUUGUCACAACUACUAUGAAACUUAUAUGCCACCCUUAGAAAAUUUAAAACUUUUAAGUUACAGAUUUGCUUAAAAGUGGGCUUGGGGCACCAAAGAUUUAGUCUGAGGGCUAAGGCACAUACCUUGCAUAGAGCUGGGCGUAGCCUCUCUGACCAAAUGACACCCCAGAAAUAAUUGGGUCUCUGUUUCUGCUUUAUUACAUCUUUAAUAUAUCUAUAGACUAAAUUUCCAGAUAAAUUCCCCUUAGAAAAGUGCAUCAUUAGAUUGUGGUUUUUCAUGGAAAUUUUAGGAGAUUUAUAUCCCCACAAAGUGCAUGUCUUAGUUAAGUACAGAUUUUUAUCUUAAAAGUCAGGGGGUGUGAGGUGGAGAAAUAGUACAGGUAUACUUGUAUUGGAUAUGCAAAAAAACAGUAACAAUAAGUCUCUCAAUGAGAGACGUUACUGGUGCCCGCUCAAACAAAUUGAUGAGCAACGGGAUGACAGUGACAGUGAUACUUGUAUUAUGGUUUGAAAAACUCAGACUUCUAGUAUAUUCAUUAUAAGUGCAUUACUUAACAAAGCACAAGGGCAGGGGUGGAGCAAUAGUACAGUGGGUUGGGUGCUUGCCUUUCACAUGGCUGACCAUGUUCAAGCCUCAGAACCCCCAACCCCUGGGGCCCCAAGUUCUGCCCAGAAUAAAUCCUGAGCAUACCUGGGUGUGGCUCAAAAAUCAAAUCAAUAGAAAUGGAAAGAGGGGGGUAAUUACAUGGUCCCCAAGCACCACCCGGUACAAUUCUGAGCACUGCGUUGCCCUCAAGCACUGGCAAGUGUGGCCCGCAAACCAAAAGGAAGUGGGACAAAAAUAGAGGUUAAAACAAAAUUUCAAUCCUGACGUGUCCUGUGACAAGUCAUCUUGACGUGUCACUGGGUAUCGUUCCCUGUUACCUCUAAAGAAGAGGUAGCAACACCGAGAAAGGACAACUUGUUGCUCUUGGUUUAUUUUCAAAAAUGGCCACAUGACAUUGUUGAGAAUUUUCUACUCACACCUAGACCUUGGCCCACAAACCUUCUGAUUGAACAUGAGCAUAUAUUUAAGGUCCGGGUUUGGUUUAGUUGCCGGCUGGGGGGUAGUAAUUUGUCUUGGGAGUUUUCUUGUUGCUUUUUGUUGUUGUUGCACCAGGGUUCAUGCAUGCAUAGUACGUGCUUUACUACUGAGCCAUAGCCACAUUAAUAUAUUUCAGUCUCAAAACCUGCUCCUGUAAUAAGCACGAGUAUGAGGAAACUGUCUUCACACUGUUAGCAUUUCAGGGGUUGGCAGUAAUGUACAUUAUCAGUGGAGAAUUAGCAUGUUGAACACAAAGGCGGUCUCUGGUGACAGAAAUUUUAAUGUUUGAAAUGUGCUAGCAGGUUGGAUGAUCACUGGGUGAGCACAUACCCUAGCCUAGCUGGAGUCAAGAUGUGAAUCUGCUGCCCAUCACUUUCCUUCCAUCUGGGCUCACGGAAUCAUCUCCCUGCCCGAAUGAAGGCGUUUUUAGUGGUCAUUUCAGACGUAACAGAGAGCCUGUGGGCUCGAGGCGGCCACUUCAUUUCAUAAUCAACCAAUGAGACUGAGCUGCUCUUGCACUGGCAGGAAACCUGGCUGUGCUGGACGGAGUGAAAUAGCUUUCUGAGUAUGGAAGGUGAUUUUGACUCUUGAUUUUUGUCUUACUCUGUAAGGUGUAACCAGUCGCUCUUCCCACAUGGCCUCAUCCAGGAGCUAAGUCUCCCUUGUGCUGACCUGAGGUCAAAAAGCAAUCAGUUAUUUCACCAGUUUUAUUGGUGAAAUUUGGAAAGUGCCAUUUGCAUGGCAUGACACUCGUGACUUCCCCUGGAAUCAGCUCUGCAGUCCCUUGUAUAGUCUUUGGGAGAGGUCCCUGCUGGGGAAAGAAAACUUCCUUCUUCCACUAAAAGAAGUAACACUAGACAGCAAAUAAGAAAUAUAAGCCUUGUUUGGGAUACUAUAGUUUGCUACCGUCCUACCUUGUUUCAGUACCGUUUCUGUAAUUUCCACUUUUAUGAAUUCUGAGUAUCACCUGUGCCGGGAAUGUUAGCUAAAUGUGAAUUUUAUAUGCCCAGUUGUUUUUUUUUUGCAGAGAUGUUAUAUGCUAUUACAUAAAUACAUAACCUUCAGCUUAUGA